GCCUCCGCGUCACGGCUCCCGCCCCGCCCUCCCGGAGCCCCUCCCCACGCUCGGUUUCUCCCCGGUCUCCCGCCUCCUCCGACCGGGUGGUGACUUAAGCCACGGAGCGCGGCGAAGCCCUUAUUUUUCCUCCUUCCUCGUAGCCGCGCCGGGGAGCUCGCGGCGGGCGGCCCCUCCGCUCCGGCCCGAGAUGAACGCGGCGGCAGAAGCCGAGUUCAACAUCCUCCUGGCCACCGACUCCUACAAGGUUACUCACUAUAAACAAUACCCACCCAACACAAGCAAAGUUUAUUCCUACUUUGAAUGCCGUGAAAAGAAGACAGAAAACUCCAAAGUAAGGAAAGUGAAAUACGAGGAAACAGUAUUUUAUGGGUUGCAGUACAUUCUUAAUAAGUACUUAAAAGGUAAAGUAGUGACCAAAGAAAAAAUCCAGGAAGCCAAAGAGGUGUACAAAGAACAUUUCCAAGAUGAUGUCUUUAAUGAAAAGGGAUGGAACUACAUUCUUGAGAAGUACGAUGGUCACCUUCCAAUAGAAGUAAAGGCUGUUCCUGAGGGCUCUGUCAUUCCCAGAGGAAACGUUCUCUUCACAGUAGAAAACACAGACCCAGAGUGCUACUGGCUUACAAACUGGAUUGAGACUAUUCUUGUUCAGUCCUGGUAUCCAAUCACAGUUGCCACAAAUUCUAGGGAGCAGAAGAAAAUAUUGGCCAGAUAUUUAUUAGAAACUUCUGGGAACUUAGAUGGUCUGGAAUACAAAUUACAUGAUUUUGGCUACAGAGGAGUCUCUUCCCAAGAGACUGCUGGCAUUGGGGCAUCUGCACAUUUGGUUAACUUCAAAGGAACAGAUACAGUAGCAGGAAUUGCUCUAAUUAAAAAAUAUUAUGGAACAAAAGAUCCCGUUCCAGGCUAUUCUGUACCAGCAGCAGAACACAGUACCAUAACAGCUUGGGGGAAAGAUCAUGAAAAAGAUGCUUUUGAACAUAUAGUGACACAGUUUUCAUCAGUGCCUGUAUCUGUGGUCAGCGAUAGCUAUGACAUUUAUAAUGCGUGUGAGAAAAUAUGGGGUGAAGAUCUAAGACAUUUGAUAGUAUCAAGAAGUACAGAAGCACCACUAAUUAUCAGACCUGAUUCUGGAAAUCCUCUUGACACUGUAUUAAAGGUUUUAGAUAUUUUAGGUAAGAAGUUCCCUGUCAUUGAGAACUCUAAGGGCUACAAGUUGUUGCCACCUUAUCUUAGAGUUAUUCAAGGGGAUGGAGUUGAUAUUAAUACCUUACAAGAAAUUGUAGAAGGCAUGAAACAAAAGAAGUGGAGUAUUGAAAAUGUUUCUUUUGGUUCUGGUGGAGCUUUGCUACAGAAGUUGACAAGAGAUCUUUUGAAUUGUUCCUUUAAGUGUAGCUAUGUCGUAACUAAUGGCCUUGGGAUUAAUGUCUUCAAAGACCCAGUUGCUGAUCCCAACAAAAGGUCCAAAAAGGGCCGAUUAUCUUUACAUAGGACACCAGCUGGGAAUUUUGUUACAUUAGAGGAAGGAAAAGGAGACCUUGAGGAAUAUGGUCACGAUCUUCUACAUACUGUUUUCAAGAAUGGGAAGGUGACAAAAAGCUACUCAUUUGAUGAAGUCAGAAAAAAUGCACAGCUGAAUAUGGAACUGGAAGCAGCCCCUCAUUAGGCUUUGCCUUAGGCCUGGGUGUGCGUGUGUGUGAGUGUGUAUACAUGCCUGUAUACACACCUGUGUGUAUGUAAUGCGUAAUGUUUAUUGUACAGCUAUGUGGGAAUUCUUUGUGUUUUAUGAUACAUUACAGCCAAAUUAUUUGUUGGUUUAUGGACAUACUGCCCUUUUUUUUUCCAGUGUCUAAGUGAUCUCAGCUUAGGAAAUACACAUAACCAUGUAAAAGAUUAAUGCUAAAAUGAGCUUUUUAGGGCCCUUUGCCAGUAGAUAGUAACUCAAUCUGGUAUUGAUCUUUUCACAAAUAACAGAACUGAGAAACUUUUAUAUGUAACUAAAGAUCACAUAAAACAGAUUUGCAUAAAAUUACCAUGAUUGCUUUAUGUUUAUAUUUAACUUGUAUUUUUGUACAAACAAGAUUGUGUAAGAUAUAUUUAAAGUUUCAAUGAUUUAACAGUCUUUCCAACUUUUCAUGAUUUUUAUGAGCACAGACUUUCAAGAAAAAUACUUGAAAAUAAAUUACAUUGCCUUUUGUCCAUUAAUCAGCAAAUAAAACAUGGCCUUAACAAAGUUGUUUGUGUUAUUGUACAAUUUGGAAAUUAUGUCAAGACAUACCCUAUAGAAUUACUAACCUCACUGCCCCUUGUAGAAGAUGUACUAAUCAUUCUACCUUAAAGAAAAUAAUGGUUCUUACUGGAAUGUCUAGGCACUGUACAGUUAUAUACCUUGGUCAUUGUAAUGUAUCAGUGAAAUGCCAAAUUUGAAAGGCCUGUACUGCAAUUUUAUAUGUCAGGUAUUGCCUGUGGCUCUAAUAUGCACCUCAAGAUUUUAAGGAGAUAAUGUUUUUAGAGAGAAUUUCUGCUUCCACUAUAGAAUAUAUACAUAAAUGUAAAAUAUUGACAAAAGUGGAAGUAGUGUAUUUUAAAGUAAUUACACUUCUGAAUUUAUUUUUCAUAUUCUAUAGUUGGUAUGACUAAAAUGAUUUACUGGAAUGGGUAGUGAGUGUACUCGUUUUAAGUGUUUUGAUUCUGUUAUAUUUUUCAUUAAGUUUUUUUAAAAAAUUAAAUUGGCUAUUAAACUGUAUGGACAUCAUUUAUAAAUUUUAAAUUGUAUCCCUCAAUAACAAUCAGGUUCUUAAAUAAGGAUAAGUUAUCCCCAGUGAAAAGCAGGCUAACAUGAACUUUUGAUUGAAGUGUCUUAACUAAAUAUAAAGUUGGCUAAAUUUAAAACAUUCAACACCCAAAUGUUAAAGAGUAAUUAACUGCAAGAUUGAGUCAGUCUUCACAUCUGAGUAGAGACCAUUUUCUUGGCAAAUGACUCAUCUACGUAGGUCUGUUCUUCUAAGGCAAGGGUCAGCCAGCUAUGCCCCACAAUCCAAAUCUCAAAGACUGCUCCUUUAUGUGUAAGUACAUAUAUAUCUGUGGAUGCUUUCCCACUACAGUGGCAGAAGUUGUGACAAAGACAAUUUAAUCCACAAAGCCUGAAAUGUUUAUUAUAUAGCCUUUUCACAAAAUCACUGCGAAGUUUGCCAGCCAUGCUCUUCAGAGCAGGGGCAGGAAUAAUGUUGGUUUAAGAGUCUGGAAUUAGAAGGCUAGUUUAUAAAAGCUUUAACAACGUGACAGUAAAUGUAAAGUUCUAAGGCCAUAAAUUAUCUAAGAAGUUACAUAAGAAAAUUGUUUUUAACUAACUAUUCUGUCAUGAGAACUUAAUGAGGUGAACUAUUCUGAGCAAUGUGUUAUAGUGGCAUUAAAAGGAAUAUAGGUUUUUACAGAUAAUUCUGAACACUUAGACCAAUAAGCAAUAUUCACAUAUAGUGAGCAUCUUCAUGCUAUAAUCCAUAAUAAAAGGUUAUUUUAACUUUUAAUAUAGUUAUGUAAAAUCAUUAAAAAGGCACACCUUCACAAAGUAUGUUAAGGGGUUUAUAGAGAAUUGAAAGUAUAUUUAUUGCCAAUAACAGCCUUGAUAACCACAAUAAUUUUUUCCAUGUUGUAAACAUUGGAAUUAUACUACAGGCAGUAUUCUUUAUGUUCUGUGAAUUUCAGCAGCCAACUUUCAGUGAAUGUUAAAGUCUGUACAUUUGUACCUGAACAUAGCCCAGGAAGAAGGAUGAUUACUUCUGUUAGCUCUGAACCAUUUGGAAUGAAUUCAUUCUGAAUUUCUGUCACUAAGCCAUUGGUAUUUGGCCAUCCCUAUUCUGAGCACCAAAUGGUUACUGUGAUUGUCAAAUAAAAUUGUGCUGUGUGUCAAUCUUAAAUCAGCCUAACUCUUCCUGACUAGAAAAGCAAAUGGCAUAUAUGGGUUUAAAACAUUGGAUUUGUAGUUGACAUUAAUGAAUUAAUCCUCAGUUCAUAUUCUAAAUAGGGGUAGGAGUUCUGUGUUAAGACUCUUAAGUUAUUUGUACCCUAUACUUACUAUAAAGUAAAAUGGUUUUUAUGAUUACCCCUUAUUGCCUUUCUUGUUAUGAAAAUUUUUUAUAGUGAAAUCCAUCUUGGAAAAUUAGAAAGAAGAAAAUAGAAAAGUAUUUAUUGUUCUGUUUACCAUAAUUUAGAACUCACACUUAAGCAAGUAUUUUGUAGUUUUACAUUCCUUUUUAACCCAUACAAUGGAGAAUGUAAGAUUUUCUCCCAAGUUGUAUAUUGUCAGUUCUAAUAUGUAUUCAACAUCAAUGAUAAAGAUGUAAUAAACAUGGAAAUAAAGUUUAGUUCCAUUAGUGAAA